AUUUCAUGUGGACUUUGAUGACGCAAGAGUAAAAGUCUCUCCAUUCUCUAAAAUGGAAGAUACAUUUUCUUAUUUCUAUUAAAAAGAUUGCACAUAUUUCAGGAUUCCUGACUGAAUUAUCGCAUUAAUCAUGUUCGAGGCUGUUUACCCAGCAUCCACCGAUGUUGGGCGCACUAAUAAAUAAAUAAGUCGCGAGACCGAGACUGCUGAUGUCAGGAGCUUCAGUGCUGCAUUUACUGCUGCAGGGUGGACGGAUUCACACAUGCAACAUGCAGACCGUCGUGAUCAUAUCGGCGCUGGUGUUAUGCCUGGCAUCUUCAGGGAACGCGGGGAAAAAGGUGUUUAAAUGCCCUUCCUCGUGCAGCUGCUCCAAGGAGUCUAUUAUCUGCGUCGGGUCUUCGUAUGUCUUGCGAUUCAUUCCCAACGAUGUCAGUUCACUGAGUAUUGUGAAUGGGACCUUCUCUGAGAUCAAGGAGGCGAUGUUCUCACACAUGCCAUCUUUACAGUUACUGUUGCUGAACUCCAAUGCUCUCACUACAAUACGGGACGAUGCAUUUUCUGGCCUUCCGCACCUGGAGUACCUGUUUAUAGAAAACAACAAGAUUGAAACAACAUCAAAAUACUCUUUCAGAGGACUUAGGGAUUUGACUCAUCUGUCUUUGGCAAACAACAACAUUAAAGCUUUGCCCAGAGAUCUAUUCACUGAUCUGGACUCACUGAUAGAGCUAGACCUGAGGGGCAAUGUGUUUGAGUGUGACUGCCGAGCGAAGUGGCUGAUGAUGUGGUUAAAGAGCACGAACGCCACUGUAUCAGACGUCCUCUGCGCCGGUCCCGAGGAGAUGAAGGGGAAACGGCUCAAUGACAUGACGAGCUUACAUAACGAAUGCGUCUCUACAGAUUUCAUUCCUCUCCACUCUGUGUCUACCGAGUCAUUGUCUGUGGACACAUUCUCCCACAAGAAUGACGUGUAUGUGGCCAUCGCUGCUCCCAACAUAGAGAGCUGCAUGGUGCUCCAAUGGGACCACAUCGAGAUGAACUUCAGGAGUUAUGACAACAUCACAGGUCAGUCCAUAGUUGGCUGCAAGUCUGUGAUCAUCCAGGACCAGGUGUUUGUCAUCGUUGCUCAACUCUUUGGGGGUUCCCACAUCUACAAGUUUGAUGAAGACCAAAGCAAGUUUACAAAGUUUCAGGACAUUGAGGUUUCCACGAUUUCCAAGCCGAAUGACAUUGAGGCAUUUCAGAUUGGCAACGACUGGUUCUUCAUCAUCGCUGACAGCUCGAAGGCUGGACUGUCUACUCUCUACAAAUGGAAUGACAAGGGCUUCUACUCCUACCAGUCGCUUCAUGAAUGGUUUCGUGAUACAGAUGCAGAGUUUGUGAAUUUGGACGGUAAGGCCCAUCUUAUCCUAGCGAGCCGUUCCCAAGUACCGGUCAUUUACCAGUGGAGCAGGAGCACUCAGAAGUUUGCCUUGCAAGGGGAAAUCCCAAAUAUGGAAGAUGUAGUCGCUGUCAAGACCUUCAGGAUCAAGGAGGAUCUUUAUCUGGCCAUGACCCGAUACAUCGGCGACUCCAAAGUCUUGCAUUGGACUGCAAAGGAGUUCUCAGAGGUCCAGGCCCUUCCUUCGAGAGGCUCCAUGAUCCUGCAGCCAUUUUCCUUCAAAGAAAGGUACUACCUGGCUCUGGGAAGCGACUACACCUUCUCGCAGAUCUAUCUGUGGGAUGCAGAAGAGAAGGUUUUUGAGCGUUUCAAGGAAGUCUACAUCCAGUCUCCUCGCUCCUUCACUGUGGUCUCCACUGACCGGAGGGACUUCCUAUUCGCAUCCAGUUUUAAGGGCAGCACACAGAUCUUUGAGCAUAUCAUCAUUGAUCUCAGUCUUUGAGUGGUACAGUAUAGAUGACACAGUUGCAGUUAAUGCACAUCAGCAACCCUUCCUUUAGCAGUUGGGAUGUUUUUCUGGGAAGGCAAUUAGUGGGUUUUAAGAUGAGGGAGGUCUGGGAAGCAUAAUCAGGUUACAGUAAUAAGUAUUGCAUCAUGCAUCUGUGUAGUUUUACAUAGAUCCUGCGAGGGUUUCGACAAUUUUUGUUGUACUACUUCAUAUUAUUAUUGUUAUAUAUAUAACAUUUCCUUAGCCCUGCUGAAUCAGAUGAUAUUUCUGCUGAAUGUACAGUGCAUGGACUGUGGAAAAGAGUUGCAGUUGUCACCUGUAACUACUUAAAUCACUCUUCAUAAUGAUAUAUACUGUAACUCUGAGAGCCUUUCAAAACUCUGUAAGCAACAGCUGAUAUUGUGCAUGAUGUGGCUGCAACAACAUUGAGAAUAAAAAAAUACAGUUUUCAGAUCAGGCAUGCAGAUCAAAUAGUGAUACAGGUGACAAAUGCAGUCCUAUUAUCUUUAGAGACAUGUUUACCUCAUUUUUCUAUAUUUAUUUAAAUCAUGUCUCUCUUUUGGUCAGUGGACUAAGUUGUAUUGUCAAGUAAUUAUUCAAUUAAAAUGAAACGCCUCUAUCAUCCUCGAUUUAUAAGGGCCUGUUCACAGUUUAAAUCAUCAAAACUUACAUUUAAGUUGUGUGGUUUUUCGGCAGAAAUGUGUGUUUAUGUGAUAAUUCAUUAAAAUAUUAAGACUUUUGUGAAAGGAAAAAAUAUAUGCUUAAAAGGGAUACUCCACCCCAAAAUGAAAAUGUAGUUAUUAAUCACUUGCCUCCAUGUAGUUCCAAACCCAUAAAAGCAGGCAGUGUACACUCCUCUGUGUUAGCCGCACCAAAAUGUUACGUUUUCUAUGUAUAUUUAAGCUUUAGUUUGAAAGAAAACAGCGCAUUGUUGUGGCACGGCUGACUCAGAGGAGCGUACACUGCCUGCGUUCAGCGCAUAUUCUCCAAAAUGGCGCUACGGUGAUGUGGAGAGACAGAGGAGAAGAAUUGUUGAAUAAAGUCAUUAUUUUUAUUUACUUGUGUACAAAAAGGAUUUUUGUCGCUUCAUAAUGUUAUGGUUGAACCACUGAUGCAGAUGGACUAUUCUGACAAUGUCUUUCAUAAUUUUCUGGACCUUGACAGUGUAUUUUACUUGGCAGUCACAAGCCUCCUGGUUUUCAUCCAAAAUAUCUUAAAUUGUGUUCUGAAGAUGAACGAAGCUUUUACGGGUUUGGAAUGACAUGGGGGUAAGUGAUUAAUGACAAAAUUGUCAUAUUGGAGUGGAGUAUCUCAAUACAGGGACACUGUCAAAAGCACAAACCUUUAAAAUUAUGAUAUAGGCGCUGGUCAUAUAAAUAGAAUAUCAUCAAAAAGUUGAUUUCACUUAUUCCAUUCAAAAAAUGAAACUUGUAUAUUAUAUUAAUUCAUUACACACAGAUUGAUAUAUUUCAAAUGUUUAUUUCUUUUAUUUUUGAUGAUUAUAACUGACAACUGAGGAAAAUCCCAAAUUCAAUAUCUCAGAAAAUUUGAAUAUUACUUAAGAUCAAUACAAAGAAAGGAUUUUUAGAAAUCUUGGCCAACUAAAAAGUAUGAAAAUGAAAAGUAUGAGCAUGUACAGCACUCAAUACUUAGUUGAGGCUCCUUUUGUCUGAAUUACUGCAGCACUGCGGCGUGGCAUGGAGUCGAUCAGUCUGUGGCACUGCUCAGGUGUUAUGAGAGCCCAGGUUUCUCUGAUAGUGGCCUUCAGCUCUUCUGCAUUCUUGGGUCUGGCAUAUCACAUCUUCCUCUUCACAAUACCCCAUUGAUUUUCUAUGGGGCUAAGGUCAGGCGAGUUUGCCGGCCAAUUAAGAACAGGAACACCAUGGUCCUUAAACCAGGUACUGGUAGCUUUGGCACUGUGUACAGGUGCCAAGUCCUGUUGGAAAAUGAAAUCUGCUUCUCCAUAAAGUUGGUCAGCAGCAGGAAGCAUGAAGUUCUCUAUAACUUCCUGGUAUACGGCUGUGUUGACCUUGGACCUCAGAAAACACAGUGGACCAACCCCAGCAGAUGACAUGGCACCCCAAACCAUCACUGACUGUGGAAACUUUACACUGGACCUCAAGCAACGUGGAUUGUGUGCCUCUCCUGUCUUCCUCCAGACUCUGAGACCCUGAUAUCCAAAGGAAAUGCUAAAUUUACUUUCAUCAGAUAACAUAACUGUGCACCACUCAGCAGCAGUCCAGUCCUUUUUGAAGCAAGACGCUUCUGAUGCUGUCUGUUGUUCAACAGUGGCUUGACACAAGGAGUUCGACAGCUGAAACCCAUGUCUUGCAUACGUCUGUGCAAAGUGGUUAUUGAAGCACUGACUCCAGCUGCAGUCCAUUCUUUGUGAAUCUACCCCACAUUUUUGAAUGUUUUUUGUUUCACAAUUCUCUCCAGGGUGUGUUAUCCCUAUUGGUUGUACACUUUUUUUCUACCACAUCUUUUCCUUCCCUUCGCCUCUCUAUUAAUGUGCUUGGACACAGAGCUCUGUGAACAGCCAGCCUCUUUUGCAGUGACCUUUUGUUUCUUGCCCUCCUUGUGCAAGGUGUCAAUGGUCAUCUUUUGGACAUCUGUCAAGUCAGCAGUCUUCCCCCAUGAUGGUGUAGCCUACAGAACUAGACUGAGAGACCAUUUAAAGGCAUGUGCAGGUGUUUUGAGUUAAUUACUGUAGAGUGUGGCACCAGGUGUCUUCUAUAUUGAACCUUUUCACAAUAUUCUAAUUUUCUGAGAUACUGAAUUUGGGAUUUUCCUUAGUUGUCAGUUAAAUCAUCAAAAUUAAAAUAAAUAAUCUAAAUAUAUCAGUCUGUAGGUAAUUAAUGAAUAUAAUAUACACGUUUCACUUUUUGAAUGGAAUUUGUGAAAUAAAUAAACUUUUUGAUGAUAUUCUAAUUAUAUGACCAGCACCUGUAUGUCUUUUAAUAAAGAAAGUGACUUGAUCUUACACUCUCCGAAAAAAGGUACAAAAGCUGUCACUGGGGCAGUACCUUUUAAAAAGGUAAAAUUUUUUACCUUUUAGGUACUAAAAUCAUGUACCUUUUUGGUACUAAUAUUGUGUACACUUUAGGUACUUAUAUGUAUCUUUAAGGUACCAAUAUGGACUCUUUAGGUACAAAGGUGUGCCUUUUGAAAAGGUACCACCCCAGUGACAGCAUUCGUACCUUUUUCUGAGAGUGUACUCAUUACAACUUCAAGAAUGUUAUAAACCGAUUUUGGAGAUACAUUUUGCAAUGAAUGUAAAAUGCUUUCUAUUUUAAGUAUAAGUGAUGAAUGUUAAAUGUGUGACUUUGAUUACAAGUGUGUUAAAAUAAGAACCUAAUUUCUAUACUGUUUUGCAAGCUGGGAUACAGAGAGCAGAACAACACAAGCCCAAAUAAUGACUGCAACUUGCAAAAGCAUGAUAUUCAGCUAUUAAUAUUCAAUACCUUAAUCUUAUUUAAAAAAAAAAAAAAUCAAAGAACAACUCUUGAUCAUGUAAUGUCCUUAUACCAGUUUUAGCUUAAUCUGAUAUGCAAAAUAGCAUUUCAAUUUUGUAAAUUGUUUUUAUUCUCAUUUGUUGAAUGUUAGACUUGGUUUUGAAUACUAAUGUAAAUAAAUGCUCAU